AUGGAUAGAUUUUUACCAAAGCUAAAAGAUAUCAACAAGAGCAUUGGUCAAGUUCGUCAGUACGCCUCGGAGAAGUUCGGCACUGCCGAAGAUGUAACAGAUCUUCCUCAAGAAUAUAAGGAACUUGAAAGACGCGUAGACGCCUUGUACACUGUUCACACGAAUUUACUCCGAGUCACCCGAAUUUACACAAACUCUUCCUACGACUAUCCGGGACAACUACAAGAGUCAGUAGCAGAGCUCUCGCGUAAUGUUAGCGAUCAACUCAAGAUUUUGACUCUAAGUGCUUCAGAGCGGGCCGAGCUUGAAACCCGGGAAGCAGAAACUUCGGUUCCUCCUCAACAUAAGACCCUGCCUCAUGCUUUGGCGCGUGCCGCAGCGCAAGGUGCGGAACUUUUGGGAACCGAAGAUCCCCUUGGCGUGGCAUUAAUUAAAUAUGCUACGGUCCAAGAACGUCUUGGUGAACAUAGAAUUAAGAUGGAUAAUGAAAUUACUCAAAAAUUUGUUCAACCCUUCAAUACCACUCUGAAUACCAAUAUUCAAUUCGCCAUGAAGGCCAGGAGAAACGUUCAGUCCGCUCGUCUGUCCCUUGAUGCAAUAAAAGCAAGGAAUAAGAAUACGCGACCGGAAAGAACAGAGGCAGCUAAACUUGAGGUUGAGCAGGCCGAAGAUAAAUUCGUCGCGGCGGUUGAAGAAGCUACCACAUUGAUGAAAACUGUGUUAGAUACGCCUGAACCUCUCCGAAAUCUUUCGGACUUGGUCUCCGCUCAAUUGGCAUUCUACAAAGAAGCAUACGAAACGCUAGCUGAAGUCGCGCCCGAGAUUGACGAGAUGCAGGUGGCUCAAGAAGCCUUGUACAGGUAA